AUGACGCUUCCCAAGGGCUGCGUUUCCGCCUCACAAAUCAGCCGUGGACCCAUCAAGAGAGCUCUGGUUGUUGGUAUCAAUUACGUAGGCAAAGACAAAGCCGAACUCCGAGGAUGCCACCAAGGCGCCAAGGACUUCUGUGGGCUGCUCGUUGACUGCUAUGGAUACCAGUCAGAAAAUGUGAAAGUGAUGUUGGAUUCGGCGGAGGUGGAGGAUUCAAUGAGGCCGAGAAAGAGUAACUUGAGACGAGAGCUUAAAGCCCUCGUCCGUGAUCCUCGGUCAUACGACACAUUUGUGUUCUACUAUGCUGGUCAUACUGCACAGGUACUAUGCAAGGAACACACGGAGGAGGAUGGCUGCGACGAGUGCAAGUAUUCAACUCUCCGAACAGACUGCCGUCAUUUUAAUUCAUUGAUUUCUCCUAACUCAGUGAUAGUGGCUGAGGACGCCGACGGCACCGAGAAAGGUCAAGGGCAUGGUCUGAUUAAAGACAAUGACUUACGUGAUAUCCUUGUUGAUACACUUCCACCUGAUCCAACCAUCAAGUUGAUUGGCAUUUUUGAUUGCUGCCAUUCUGCCACACUCCUUGAUUUGGACCACGGCCAAUGUAACCAGCAGCGGUUCAUCCAAACUCACAGUAAACUACAUCCUCAGCGAUCCGAUUCAUAUCCUGGGGUGACAUCAAAUCCAAUGUCCGCUCUCUCUUUGGACCAAGUUAUAGAUGGCAUGUCUCAAACAGAGAAAACAGAGAUCAAGACUGAUGCUAUGGACUCUUACGAUGCUCCCACUAUACUGUCACUUUCUACAAGCUUUAGGACGCUGGGAUCCGACUCUUCAUGGUCGUCCUUUUCAUCCACCGGAGAAGGUGUUCCUUUCAGGACACGUCCUAAGUAUGCGCUGUUUGAGACAGUGGAAUCACAAGACAUAGUGGAGCGCAUCUGCUCGUCUCCAGAACUUGUUGAGGGGUACAUAUCUUUGUGCAGUGGAUUUUGCGAGCUGGACGGCGUGACUCCAGAAAGGACUCCCAGUGUAGUUACAUUCUCUGCUUGUACGGAUGGACAGCUGGCAUAUGAAAUUGGCAAGAAAUCGAUGACUCAGAUGUUGGUUGCUUUUCUCAAAACCAAUCCUUCUCCCACAUAUGGACAAUUGAUGGUCCAUAUGAGAGACGAGAUCGAUGCCGCGAUGCGCACAGCACGGAAGAAAUACCGCAAAAGACAACAAAAAAGCUCCCGUGAUAUGUCGUACCCGCUGCCCAACUAUCAAGAUCCACAGCAUGCUGCCUUUGGACAUGAACACGAAAUUUGA